GAGUGGCAGAGACCAUAGGUCAUUUGAUUCGAGUUCCUGCAUUCUAAUAGAGCUGGCUUGGGAAACACAUACAAUACACAGGAGUCUUUUUUAUGCUGGGGCUUGGCACUAGCGUGUCAGCAUGGCUUUAUACCGUGAAGAAAAAUAAGAAAAAGUCAUUAAAAUGUGGAAGCUCAUUCCGUGGCGAUAUCCUGUAAAAGUUUUCAUCAUUCUACUUAUAACUCGUGAGCUGUACGCUUUAUCAGAUUCAGACUGCAAAGAACUCACACAAUGCAAGGCGGAGAUUACCAAAUUGGGUUCCUUUGUACAAAUGACCAACACAAUUAUCCCCGCAUUAGAAAGCUACACAUGGUGCUUGGACUUAUCACGUGCAGUUAAUACCAGCACUUGGACAGCAUUUACAUAUGUAGUUGCAAAUGAAGAUGAUGAAAAUUGCCCUGAGCUUGGAUUUGGUGGUUCUUAUAACAAGCUUGUGCUAUUUCAUUUGGAAAAUAGGUAUGACAUUGACUUUCAAUUGCGCUUACCAGAUUGGCACAUUGUAUGCUCAACUUGGGACAGUAUCACAAAGCAGCUGGAGGUCUUUGUGAACGGAAAGUGCAUAUUUAACAAAAAACUUCCAAGUGCUCGAAAAGUGAAGCCCAAUGGAACACUGGUGUUAGGUAUUAACCAUUUAAUCCAUGGGGGAAAUGUGGAAUCUGCAGAUAAUUUUAUUCUUAUGGGAAGCCUGUACAACUUUCAGAUGUGGAAAUCUAUACUCUCCACUGAUAUCAUGGGUACCUGCACUGAAGGAAAUGUAGUUAGUUGGACCCAUAAGUUUUGGACCUUUUCAGACACCUCCCCCAUUAAGAAUGAUACACUGCGAUGUGCAAACUCAGGGAAUGAACGCACAACCACCGCAAGUACAACCCCUUGCCGGACUACUUUAGAUACACAAACAACAACCUUAUCUCUAACUACAACCAAGCUAUCGGAAAUUACAACAACUUGGAUUCCUGAGGCAAGCACAGAAGGGGCUGCACCUAUUACAACAAGUACUUCUACUUCAGCAGCAUCAUCUAGGAGUGACUCUAACACAGCACCCCAUAGUGAGAGCACUAGUACUACAGAUCGGCCUGUCAGCACUAGUACUACCAGUAUUCCCAAGAGCACUGACAGUCUCCCUGCCACUGCUUUCACUCCCAAUAUGCCUCUCAGUACUAGUGCUUACAAUAUGCACAGCAGAACUAGCAGUAGCUAUACAUCAGUUAUUACUAGUGGUACUAGUUCUUUUGUCAGUACUUCUACUACCAGUAUACCCACCAGCAUUAGUAGUACAAACAUGCCUCACAGUACUAGUGCUAACAAUAUGCCCACCAGCACUAGCUUUACAUCCAUUAUUACUAGUGGUGCCAGUUCUUUAGUCAGUACUUCUACUACCAGUAUACCCACUAGCAUUAGUAGUACAAACAUGCCUCACAGUUCUAGUGCUAACAAUAUGCCCACCAGCACUAGCUAUACAUCCAUUAUUACUAGUGGUUCCAGUUCUUCUACUACCAGUAUACCCACCAGCAUUAGUAAUACAAACUUGCCUCACAGUACUAGUGCUAACAAUAUUCCCACCAGCACUAGCUAUACAUCCAUUAUUACUAGUGGUGCCAGUUCUUCUGUCAGUACUUCUACUACCAGUAUACCCACCAGCAUUAGUAAUACAAACUUGCCUCACAGUACUAGUGCUAGCAAUAUUCCCACCAGCACUAGCUAUACAUCCAUUAUUACUAGUGGUGCCAGUUCUUCUGUCAGUACUUCUACUACCAGUAUACCUACCAGCAUUAGUAAUACAAACUUGCCUCACAGUACUAGUGCUAGCAAUAUUCCCACCAGCACUAGCUAUACAUCCAUUAUUACUAGUGGUGCCAGUUCUUUUGUCAGUACUUCUGCUACCAGUAUACCCACCAGCAUUGGUAAUACAAACAUGCCUCACAGUACUAGUGCUAACAAUAUGCCCACCAGCACUAGCUAUACAUCCAUUAUUAGUAGCAGUGCCAGUUCCUCCCACAGUACUUUAAGUACUAGUACACUCACCAGAACUAGUAGUGCAAAUAUACCUGUAAGUACUAGUUCUAACAAUAUGCCCACCAGUGCAACUAAUAUCCCUAGUGUUAUUAUUACUACCAGUAAGUCCAUCAUUACUAGUGAUACCAGUAUGCCUAUAAGUACCAGUGCAACCAGUACACCAAUCAGUACUAGUGCUACCAACAUAGUAAGCAGUAAUAGCGUUACAAAUACACUUAGAAGUACUCCUGCCACAACAACUGUUACAAGUCAAGAUGUACAGUCUCUUCUGACAACACCUGCAAGACUCACUACAACUAAAUCCAGUGAUAAAACAACCAUAUCCAUUGGAUCCAUGCCAACUACAGUCACUUUCUAUCUGGUCCUAAUGAAUAUCUCAGUGUCAGAUGGCAGUAUAAAUGAAGACUUGGCACUUGAACUCACAAAAAACCUGAUUUAUCAUAUUUUGGCGAGAUCUGACUUUGCAAUAGUUCAGAUUAUGGUGAAUGAACAAGUUUGCUGCAGUAAUGAACCUCAGAAAGAACAACGUGCCAAAAGAAAGAGGAGUGUAAUAAGAGACACCACAGAUUUCAUAUUUGAGUCAAAACUGGCCAUACAAGCAACUUCAUCUGACACCCCUGAUACUCUGACCAAGAACUUGACAAAUCUCUUUGAGAAUUUUCAUUACACCGAUACACAGUUGCAAAAGAAUCUCUCUGUAAUAUCUGUGAGAGUGCAACAUUUAGUUCUAGGACAAUGUCCUCAAGAGAUUACUAAUUCCAGUGAGAAAGGAACAUAUACAUGGAUGGAAAAAGAUCCAACAGAAACAGCAACAGUUCAAUGCCAAAAAAACCCUGAGGAAGUUGCUACCAGAUAUUGCAAUAUUGACAUCACUACUGAACGCCCCAAGUGGGAAAGUCCAUAUCUGGAAAGAUGCUUGCCUGUCCAGACUUUUCCAGACACUAUAAAAGAGCUUCAAAAUGUUGUUGUAACCUUAGAAAAUGCCCCCAUUUUGGCCAAGCACGUUUUAAAUCUAAUCAAGGACUUUGACAUUUUAACAAAAGAUGAGACAGAAAUCAUUCUCACCAAAAUAACUGAAAUUGUUGGCGUGGGAGGUGUCGAUCUGCCUAGGGCACAGACAAUUUUAGGCAUUCUUAACAACAUCAUAAUAAAGGGAGAGGAACUGUGGCCUUUUACCAACAGGAUUUUAAACCUCACAGAGGAAAUUGGAUACAAAAUGGAUUAUUCUGGCAUGGCUGCAAAUGUCAGUGAAGAAAAUAUGGCUCUUUCUGUGUCAAAUGUUGAAUUCCACACUUUUGAAGAAAUCUAUUUUACAGUUAAAACAUAUGAGGAAGGAAAAUAUCCUGAGAUAACCCUACAGAAAGUACCAGCAGACAAGGCUGUGGCUUACAUAUAUUUGCCUCAGGAAAUAAAAAACCAUGUUAAUGUUGCAACAUCUAAAGUACAGUUUAACUUCUUUGGUAAAACAUCACUUUUUAAGGACGACAGUUUCAGCAGUGUCAGCAGUCCUGUAUUAAACACUUAUGUUGUAAGUGCCAGUAUUAAAAACACCAAGAUCCAGGGACUGAAUGAGCCAGUGCUUUUUACUCUGAAGCAUAUUAAGGAAAAUAAGGACAUGAGUUUGAGUUCGGUGCAUUGUGUAUUUUGGGACUUUAAUGCAAAUGACAGGAUGGGUGGAUGGAACUCAUCAGGAUGUAUAGCAAAAUACACCAAUAUCAACUACACAACCUGUUAUUGUACACACCUUACCCACUUUGGAAUUCUUCUGGAUCUUGCCAGAAAAGAUAUUAACCCUUGGGAUGAACGCAUAAUGAGCCUGUUGACAUACGUGGGAUGUGGAAUUGCUUCGCUUUUCUUAGGCAUAUCGCUAGUGACAUAUUUGGCAUUUAAGUCACUUAGGAAAGAUUACCCAUCAAAGAUUUUAAUGAAUCUAUCAGCUUCACUUCUUAUGCUGAACCUGAUCUUUCUGAUCAACAACUGGUUAUCAUCAUUUCGGAAUCAUGGCCUGUGCAUCACUUGUGCUGCCUUGCUCCAUUACUUUUUGCUGGCAUCUUUUACAUGGAUGGGACUAGAAGCUGUCCACAUGUACUUUGCAUUUGUCAAAGUGUUUAAUUUAUAUAUUAGGAACUACAUACUAAAAUUCUGCCUUGUUGGAUGGGGAGUACCUGCCAUUGUUGUUGCCAUUGUACUGAGUAUAAAGCGAGAUUUCUAUGGAAAUGGAACUAAACAUAAACAGUAUGCUGUCAUGAAACACGAUGAGGAUUUAUUCUGCUGGAUUCAGGACGAUGUGGUGUUUUAUGUGACUGUUGUUGCCUACUUCUGCUUCAUAUUCCUAAUCAAUAUAGCCAUGUUCAUUGUGGUGCUUGUUCAGAUUAACUCAUUAAAAUCAAAGAAGAUGAAGGACUGGAAGGCUGCUUUUGUUCAUGACUUAAAAAGCACAAUAAGCCUUGCUUUUUUACUCGGCUUGACUUGGGGAUUUGCUUUUUUUGCCUGGGGCCCUGUAAGAAUUGCCUUUUUGUACCUGUUUUCAAUUUUCAACACAUUACAAGGUUUUUUUAUCUUUCUAUUCCAUUGUCUAAUGAAAGAAAAUGUAAGGAGACAAUGGCAAGCACAUUUAUGCUGUGGGAAGUUGAGACUCAACACUUCUGAUUGGAGCAGGCUGAGUAAUGGUGAGUUAAAGAGAAAUAGCCGAAUAAGCAAGUUACAAUCAGAUUCAUCCCAGUCAACCUUGUCAACUGCCACUGCAUCCACAUCUAAUGCAUCCAGCCUCUCAGGGUUCAAAGAUGGAAACAGUUUUCGAAAUGGUGGAAUAUUCAUAAACGAUCCUAAUUUGGACUCUCGAAAUCAAGCAACUAUAACGUAUGAUGCAAGAAGAAUUCUGUCAUUUUUGGAUUUAAACACACAAUGAAAAUGUUGAUUUUUUUUUGUUAUUUCUUUCAUUAUGAAUAAUAAGCUUUCAGGCCUUCUUUUUAUUCCUGCCUGUGUAUACUAAGACCCCUGAGGUGUACUCAGGGUCGGACUGGGGUGUGGAGGGCCCACCGAGGCCUGCGCCCAUAGCCUUCCCCCCCCUCCCGGAGGGCCCCCCCUAACCCCCCUCACAGG